AUGUCUCGCCCAAAGGUUGGUGCUAUUGGAGCUCUUAUUGUUGUUGGAUUUAUUCUCACAACAGUUGCAACAUUCACCAAAAAUUGGAUCGUUUGGAAUGUCGCUGGACUUUUAAGAGGAAGCAUUGGAAUCGUACCAUAUAGUUCGAGUGAAGCCACCUGGUUUGCCGCUGCCAGUUGGAUGAUGUUCAUCGCAUUCGGUCUUUUCUUCCCACUUUUUCUGGUCUAUCUGCACGCCUCAUACAAAGUUCAUCAUCAUGGAUGCUGCCAUGACAUCCGUCACAAUUUCAACGGAAUCUCUUUGAUGUGCUCAUUGAUUGUAGUUUUGCAAGCAGUCGCCUUCAUUCUGAUGGCCGUCAAUGCUUCAUAUUACACAUCGUACUACGGCCGCACUGUCAACGAAGGUAUCGGAAGUUCUGCUUACCUCGCCUUGUCUUCUGCAAUUAUCACAACCAUAACCAUGGCACUUGCUGGACAUGUCUCCCGACACGAUUGCCAUUAA